AUUGGACGCUUGAGGAUCGUCAAGUGGUACACCCACACCUCCGCAAAACACCACCAAUCAGUUUAUAAACGCGAGGCUGAUUCCUCCCGAGGGGCUGUUUGGAGCUAUGGGACGUCCAGAGGGUGCGAUGGCCGGCGCUGCCCGGUGGGCGGUCCUGCUCUUCGGGAUUCACCUCGUCGGCGCCGUGGACACUUUCGGCCCGCUCGUGAGGGCCUCCGAGGGAGAAGUCUGGCCCAAGCCCCAAAAAGAGAUCAAGCACGACACCUACACGGUCGUCCGGCCGUCGAACUUUACCUUCAAGGUGUCACAGUCGACGUGCAGCCUCCUGGAAGCAGCUGUGAAGCGCUACGAAGGCUACCUCGCUAGGCAUGUCUCGCAUCACGCGUCGAAGUCUCGUGGCAGCCACGUCGGGCUGGACAAGGAGAGCGACCCGCGGUAUGUCGGGUACCUCGGGUACCUGGACGUGCGGCUGAACGGCUCCUGCGAGGAGUACCCGCACCUCCGCAUGCUAGAGAGCUAUGAGUUAAUAGUGAACAGCACUGGGAAAACUGGAUCAGCUGCUCUGAGUAGCAGCACGAUAUGGGGGAUAUUGAGAGGCCUUGAAACUUUCUCACAGCUUCUGUACAUAGGUGGAAAUGGAACUGAGCUGAUAGUGAACAGCACGCGCGUGAUAGACGAGCCACGGUUCACCCACCGUGGACUGAUGCUAGACACCUCCCGACACUUCCUGCCCACGGCCACCAUCAGGACAGUGCUGGACGGCAUGGAGAUGAACAAGAUGAACGUCUUCCACUGGCACAUCGUCGACAGCCAGAGCUUCCCCUACCAGAGCGAGGCGUUCCCCAAUCUCAGCAAGAAGGGCGCGUACGACCAGGAACUAAUUUACACACAGGAAGACGUGAAGAAUGUUAUAGAAUACGCCCGUGUGAGAGGGAUACGUGUUGUGCCAGAGUUCGAUACUCCAGGUCACACCCUAUCGUGGGGCCCAGGCGAGCCCGACCUCUUGACCCCGUGCUACUCCUUCGGCGAGCUGGACGGCACCUACGGCCCGAUAAACCCGACCCUCGACUCCACUUACGCCUUCGUCCGGAAGCUGUUCCGGGAGGUCGCAGAGCUGUUUCCCGACGAGUACAUGCACCUCGGCGGCGACGAGGUGGAUUUCUCCUGCUGGAGGUCGAACCCGAGCAUUACCUCGUUCAUGUCCGAGAACGGCAUCGAAGGUUACGCCGAGCUGGAGCAGUACUACAUGCAGAGGGUGGUCAACAUCACCGGCGACCUGAACGCCAGCUCCGUGGUGUGGCAGGAGGUCUUCGACAACGGCGUCGACCUCCCGGCUGGUACCGUGGUGCACGUCUGGACGGGCAGUCAGGCUGAGGAACUUCGGAAGGUCACUGCGGCGGGACACCCAGCUCUUCUGUCCGCGUGCUGGUACCUGGGCCGCCUGGAGUCUGGCGGCGACUGGAAGAAGUUCUACGAGUGCGAGCCGACAGACUUCUCCGGCACGGUGGACCAGAAGCGGCUGGUGAUGGGCGGCGAGGCGUGCAUGUGGGGGGAGGUGGUGGACGAGAGCAACGUGGUGUCCCGCGUGUGGCCCCGGGCCUCGGCCACGGCAGAGAAGCUGUGGUCCAGCGCUGACGCCGACUCGGAGGACGGCGUGGCCCGUCGUCUGGAAGAGCACUACUGCCGCAUGAAGAGGAGAGGCGUGGGCGCGCAGCCUCCCAAUGGACCUGGUUACUGCCGAUAAUGUGAUCAGUAUCGGUGUCUCUACUCUCUUAUCCUGAAAUAAAGGCACUGCUUCCAAA